AUGGGGAAGAAGCGGACCCAUGCCGAGACCAAGGAUGGCUUUACGAAGCCGCCUGCGGAUAAGAACCGGGUGAGCGUCAAGAACGACAGCAAGGACAAGGGCAAAACCGGAAACGUGCAGAAGCCGCGGUCUCAGCUACUUUUCAAGCCGCAGCCGGAAUGGCACUCUGUGCAGCUACCAUCGCUCCCCACCGUCGACAACCCCACGAUACCGCCUCGUUAUGUCAUCGACGCGAUCCGCGAGUAUGCUGAGCAGCUUCUGGAAGCCGAGGCGACCGAGUAUGCGUCGUCGCACAUGGCCAAAGACUCGUCGCACAAGUUCAUGUCGACAGUCAUGAACUCCGGUACCAUGGAGGACAAGGUCUCAGCGCUCACGUUGUUGGUUCAAGAGUCGCCAUUGCAUACUAUGAAGGCUUUUGGGCAGUUGCUGGGUCUAUCGCAAAAGAAAAACAGGGGUGCCGCUAUGAUGUCUUUGGCUGCGCUCAAGGAUCUUUUGGGACAGGGCGUUCUACUCCCACCGGACAGAAAAUUAAAGGCUUUCGCACGACAGCCUGGUCUAAUUUCCUCAUUACAAGGAAAGGGCGCACAAUGGAAGGCGGGAGAGAAGCUGCCGGGCGAUCUCCAGAAGAUCCAUCUGAUCGUAUGGGCGUACGAGGACUGGCUCAAGAAGCAAUACUUCGAGAUGCUUAAGAUUCUCGAGACCUGGUCCAAUGACGAGAUCGAAUACUCGCGCAAUCGGGCAGUGACAAUGGUCUGGGAAUUGUUGAAGGAGAAGCCAGAACAGGAAGAGAAUCUUCUCCGACUACUCAUUAACAAGCUUGGAGAUAAGGAGAAGAAGGUCGCUUCAAGGGCAUCAUAUCUGCUACUGCAACUCCAGAUCACCCACCCGCUGAUGAAGAACGUCAUCAUUAGCUCGAUCGAAUCUGAUCUCCUCUUCCGUCCGAACCAGAGCGGGGUCGCCAAAUACUACGCGGUUAUCACCAUGAACCAGACCGUCCUUAGCGUCAAGGAGCCGGAAGUCGCCAACAGGCUCUUAGAGAUGUACUUCAGCCUGUUCCUCGGUUUAUUGAAGAAACAAAAGGAGCACGAGAAAGAAGAGAAGCGAAUCAACAAGCAUGGGCUCUUACAGGGAGGAGGUGGACAGCCUGGAAAGAUGGCGAAAAAGAAGGCCGAGAAGGCUGAAACAAUGGCUUUCAAGGUCGAGGACGAGUCUCGAGAGAAGUUGAUCUCCGCUAUCUUGACGGGCGUCAACCGCGCUUUUCCAUUCGCCAAAACUGACGACGCAAAGUUCGAGGAGCAGUUGAACAUGAUCUUCGAAGUCACGCACUCUUCCAACUUCAACACCAGCAUACAGGCCAUGACCCUCAUCCAACAGAUUUCUGCUACAAAGCAUUACUCCGCGGAUCGUUUCUAUCGAACACUCUACGAAUCUCUACUGGAUCCCCGUCUCAUUUCGACUUCAAAGCAUAUAAUGUUUUUGAAUUUGCUUUACAGGUCGCUCAAAGCAGAUACCAGCGUCAAGCGCGUGAAGGCGUUUGUGAAGCGUUUACUGCAAAUUAUUCACUUGCACGAGCCUCCAUUCAUCUGUGGCGUCUUGUAUCUCGUCAACGAACUCUUUACUACAUUUCCUACCAUUAAAUCCAUGUUAUCAACACCCGAAGACAAUGCGGAAGACGAUGGCGAGGAACACUACGAGGAUGCCGCUGAGGAUGGCGAAAAGCAGACGAGUAAAGAAGAGACAAAGUCAGAACAUGCUACCUACGACGCCCGGAAACGAGACCCAGAGCAUGCACAAGCAGACCUUUCCUGCCUAUGGGAGCUCCUGCCCCUCCAGGCUCACUACCACCCCUCCGUUCACGUGCUUGCCUCCAAGAUCGUCAACCAAGAACCGAUCAAGGAGAAACCCGACCCAACAAUCUACACCCUCAUGAACUUCCUCGACAAAUUCUCUUUCCGCAACGCAAAGACCAAGAUCCAAGCUGUUCACGGAUCCUCCAUCAUGCAGCCCAUGUCCGGCACUUCGAAAGCCGCAUCGUAUCUCAUCACCGCUCGUGACGGCGACCGCACACACGAUCCCCUUAACUCAGAGUCAUUCUGGCGGCAGAAGAUCGAUGAUGUUAGGGUUGAUGAGGUGUUCUUCCACACGUACUUUGAGAAGGCCGGGAAGGCGAAGCAGGCGGAUAAGAAGUCGAAGAAGAAGGACAAGAGGAAGGGUGAUGAUAGUGAGGACGAAAGUGGGGAAGACGAGAUUUGGCAGGCAAUUGUUAAUAGUCGACGGGAUGUUGAGGGUGAUGGCGGCGACGACGACGAUCUGAGUGAUUUCGACAUGGACGACAUGAUGAGUGACGAGGAGGCCGGUGGUAUGGAUGCGGGUGUCGAGCUCAACCUUGGCAGCGACGAUGACGCUACUGAGGUUGAUGGUCAACCAGCGGACGACGACGAUGAGGACGACUUUGAGAACUUUGAUCUCGAUGACGAAGACGGGUUUGUCGACAGCGAUGCCGAUGUUCCGGUGGACUUCGACAUGAACGACGACACGGAUGUCGACGAGGAUAAAAAGGACACAGAUAAAGACGGCAGGAAGAGCAAGAAGAGGAAGCUCAAGAAUCUGCCUACCUUUGCGUCCGUCGAGGAUUACGCCAAGCUCAUCGGCGACGAUGAUAGCGAGUAG